GGCUGUAACUACGUGCACCAUCACAAUUGGUUCCACCACCCACACUUCAAACGCAACCUAGUAGAUUUGUCAAAACUCAACAACCAACGACUCACUAUUCUCAUUUUAUGGACACACAUCCCUCUUAGAUAUAGCCACGUUCUACCUUAAUCCUAUUUCUAGAUUAAAAAAAUGUUUCAUUUUUCAAACUUGCCUAACUAAGAAAUAGUCAUUUAUAUAGAGUCCCCACAUCUACGUUUUGUUGAUAAUCGCUUUUUAGUAUUACAAAUGGCUUUUACAAGUGUUAUAGCUCUUUUUGCUUUUCUUCUUCUUCAACCUCUUUUAGCUAAAAGUGACUUGCUUUCUCCUUUGCUUUCUCCUAUCUUUGAUGAUGUGUGCAAGGAAGUUGAAUGUGGGAAAGGAACAUGCAAAGCUUCUAAGAAUAGUAUUAUUCCGUUUGAAUGUGAGUGUGAUCAUGGUUGGAAGAAAGCUUUUGAUUCCAAUGAUGAUGGUGGCUUGAAGUUUCUUCCUUGCAUCAUUCCUAAUUGUACAUUGGACUACUCUUGCUCCAAAGCUCCGGCCCCUGCACCAGAAAAAGCAAGAAAAGCCAAUGAGUCGAUAUUUGAUGCUUGCCAUUGGGUUGAUUGUGGAGGUGGCUCGUGCAAGAAGACAUCGACGUUCAACUAUAGUUGUGAAUGCCAAGCAAGCUAUAAAAAUCUCCUCAAUGUCACUACCUUUCCUUGCUUCAGAGAAUGUGCUCUUGGCAUGGGUUGCUCUGACCUUGGAAUAUCAGUGACAAAUUCGUCAUCAGCAUCUUCUCCACCACCUGCAUUGAAUGAGGACAGUAAGAGUGAAGCUAGCUCAACUCUACAAGGAAGAUCCAUUUGGGUGGUAUUGAUUAUGGUGAUGGCAAAGUUACAGUUGUAAUAGGACAGUUUCUGGAUGGUUUUAGAAGGUUUUCAUUUUAUGGCAUUGGUUAGGGACUAUUAUCAUAUAUAGGGUCUAGUCACAACACUAGUUUAGUUAUUAUAUUACAUGUACUAGAAAAGAGAUAUUGGGUAUGAUAUGUGUUUUUUUCCUAGCCCUUUUUCUUCACUCGCUUUGUACAAUGAUUAUGUAGAAUAUUUAUGAUUGAAGGUGUUACAAAUUUUUGUGA